GACUCCUUAAGCGCCUAUCCUUUUUCUUCCAAACCAACUCACUGUUCUCUUCCGACUCCGUUAAACCCUAUAACUCACCCCUCUUCACAUCAUCUUCUCCUCUCUUCUCUCUCAAAAAAAUUCUCCAACAAAGAGAGAAGACGAGAUAGGAGCUCCACAAUAUGAACCCCUCACUUCUCCUCACUACCAACCAACCUUCUGUAAACCCCACCACAACUACUUUCUUAUCUCCUUUUCUCAACCCUACUCCUCUCCGUUUUACCCGUAAAAUCUCCCAGAAACGCCACCAUUUUCGCUACAAUUACAGUUUAUCUACUGUCCGUUCAUCUGCUUCUUCUGUCCCUGACAAACCCCCUUCGUCGUCUAUUUCGGUCAAGCCAGAUGUCUUUGGAGGUAAGAAAGAGCUUUCUCCUAUUCAAUCCCUCGUGGAUGCCAUGUCACCGCCCAUCAGAAUAGCCAGCUCGGCUUUAGUAUUUGCUGGCGCUGCGGCUGCUGGGUACGGGCUUGGUGUUCGUUUUGGUGGGUCCCGCAAUGCUGGGGUGGGUGGUGCUAUUGCUCUUGGUGCUGCUGGUGCCGGCGCCGCUUAUGCAUUGAAUUCCUGUGUUCCUGAAGUCGCGGCUAUUAACUUGCAUAACUAUGUGGCUGAUUUUGAGGACCCUGCUGCCUUGAACAAGGAAGAUAUUGAUGCAAUUGCUAAUAAGUAUGGUGUCAGCAAACAGAAUGAGGCAUUCAAUGCGGAGCUACGUGAUAUAUAUUGCCGAUAUGUAUCUGCUGUCUUUCCUACUGGGACUGAAGAACUUAGAGGCGAUGAAGUUGAUACCAUAAUCAAAUUUAAAAAUGCUUUGGGAAUUGAUGAUCCAGAUGCAGCAGAUAUGCAUAUGGAGAUUGGCAGGCGAAUAUUCAGGCAACGACUUGAAACGGGAGAUCGUGAUGGAGAUAUAGAACAGCGUCGGGCAUUUCAGAAGUUGAUAUACGUCUCAACUCUCGUAUUUGGAGAAGCAUCUGCAUUCCUUUUACCUUGGAAACGUGUUUUCAAGGUUACUGAUUCCCAGGUUGAGGUUGCUGUCAGGGACAAUGCACAGCGAUUAUAUGCCUCCAAGCUUAAGUCUGUUGGCCGAGAUAUUGAUGUGAACCAGCUGGUCAGUUUGAGAGAAGCACAGCUUGCAUAUCGGCUGUCGGAUGAGCUUGCAGAAGAGAUGUUUAAAGAGCAUGCAAGAAAGCUUGUUGAGGAAUGCAUAUCACUUGCUCUUGGCAGUUUGAAAUCAAGAACAAGAGCAACCAGGGGAGCGACACGUGUGAUCGAGGAGCUUGAUAAGAUAUUGUCAUUUAAUAAUUUGCUAAUUUCACUGAAGAACCAUCGUGAUGCUAGUCGCUUUGCUCCGGGCAUUGGGCCAGUUUCCUUAGUAGGAGGGGAGUAUGAUGGUGAUAGAAAGAUGGAUGACCUAAAACUUCUCUACAGAGCAUAUAUUACAGAUUCUUUGUCAAGUGGUCGGAUGGAAGAAGACAAGCUUGCUGCUUUGAACCAAUUGAGAAAUAUAUUUGGUUUGGGGAGACGAGAAGCAGAGACAAUCACAUUGGAUGUCACUUCAAAAGUAUACCGUAAACGACUUGCUCAAGCUGUUACCAGUGGUGAUUUAGAAGCUGCUGAGAGCAAAGCAGCCUAUCUUCAAAUGCUGUGUGAAGAAUUAAGUUUUGAUCCGCAAAAGGCUCUUCAGAUUCAUGAAGAAAUCUAUAGGCAAAAGCUUCAGCAGCUUGUCGCUGAUGGAGAACUUAGUGAUGAGGACAUGAAGGCAUUGGAACGCCUGCAGGUCAUGCUUUGCGUUCCCAAGCAAACAGUUGAGGCGGCUCAUGCAGAUAUCUGUGGCAGUUUAUUUGAAAAGGUGGUUAAGGAAGCAAUUGCUGCUGGUGUAGAUGGUUAUGAUGCUGAAAUCAAAAAAUCUGUGAGAAAGGCAGCAUAUGGUUUACGGUUAACCAGGGAGGUUGCCAUGUCUAUUGCUAGUAAGGCAGUCAGAAAGAUUUUCAUCAGUUACAUUCAAAAGGCCCGAGGAUCUGGAAGCCGCACUGAACAAGCCAAAGAACUGAAAAAGAUGAUAGCCUUUAAUAGUUUGGUUGUGACUCAACUAGUUGCGGACAUCAAGGGUGAAUCGUCUGAUACACCACCAGAAGAGCCUCAAAAGGAGCAGGUUCAACAAACCGACGAGGAGGAUGGGGAGUGGGAGUCCUUGCAAUCACUAAGGAAAGUAAAACCCAGCAAGGACAAUUUGAGAAAGGAAAUCCAGACUGAGAUUUCUCUCAAGGAUGAUCUUCCGGAAAGAGACAGAACUGAUCUUUACAAGACAUACUUGCUCUUUUGUCUAACUGGGGAGGUUACUAGAAUUCCUUUUGGGGCCCAAAUCACCACAAAGAAGGAUGAUUCAGAAUAUGUUUUGUUAAGUCAACUUGGUAGCAUCCUUGGGUUGACUGAUAAGGAAAUUGUUGAAGUGCACCGAAGUCUAGCUGAGCAGGCUUUUAGGCAACAAGCUGAGGUGAUCUUAGCUGAUGGACAGCUAACCAAGGCCAGAAUGGAACAGCUUACUGAAUUGCAGAAGAAUGUUGGCUUGCCACCUCAGUAUGCCCAGAAUAUAAUAAAGAGCAUCACAACAACAAAACUGGCGGCAGCCCUUGAAACUGCUGUUGGUCAGGGAAGGCUGAGCAUUAAGGAGAUUAGAGAAUUGAAAGAAUCUUCAGUAGAUAUAAACACCAUGAUAUCUGAGAGUUUACGUCAGAAUCUUUUCAAAAAGACAGUGAAUGAUAUCUUCUCAUCUGGUACCGGAGAGUUUGACGAAGUAGAGGUAUAUGAGAAUAUCCCAAAAGAUCUUAUUAUUAAUGCUGAGAAGGCCAAAAAAGUUGUUCAUGAACUAGCUCGUAGCAGGUUAUUAAACUCGCUUAUUCAGGCUGUAUCCCUUCUGAGGCAGAAAAACCAUAAAGCAUUGGUUUCGUCUCUCAAUGAUUUGCUAGCUUGUGACAAGGCCGUUCCUUCGACCCCAUUAUCUUGGGAGGUGCCAGAAGAACUGUCUGAUCUUUUCAUUGUAUAUGCGAAGAGUGAUCCUGCACCGGAUAAGUUGUCCAGGUUACAGUAUCUGUUAGGUAUAAGUGAUUCAACAGCAGAAACUUUGAGAUCUAUGAAGGAUAGAGAACUACCAAAUGGGGUAGGGGAGGAAGAGUUUGUAUUUUGAUUUUUUUUUAUAGCUUCUGAUGAAUGUCUGAAUAUCAGGCGAGAGAGAGAGAGGGGGAUGGGUACUGGUAAUUUUUUUCAUUUAAUGUAAUUGAGGUAUCUUUGUGCUUUAAGAUGUGAGCAGAAAUGGUAGUAUCGUUUUUUUGGUAUUUAGUAACUGGUUGAGCACUGUUAUGCUUUUUGAGUUUCUUUGUUGCUUAGUUACAAAUUGGACUUUCUUCUCCUUUUAGAAGGGAAAGGAAUUAAAAUGUACCAAUGAAAAGAUAGAUUUAAUGCAA